CUGAGCUCAGUGUGUACUGCAAUGCAACGGAAAAUAUGCGUGUUUACCAAAGUCGUUUCGGUAGAACGGUGUCGUGUGUUGCGUCACGUUUAAGGAAAUUGAUAGUGCGCCGAGGUCGACGUGACUAACAUUUUCGCUUCUUGUGUUCAUUUGUGAUUAAAUUUUCAUUUCUCUAAUUCGUAUUUAAGUGUGGUGCUGUGAUUUACAAUCAAAAUGAAAUUUAUUUUAUCCCAUCCCGUUCCUCCUUGUGGGUGGAGGCCAGACAAAUGUCCGAUGUUCAACACGCCACGCGACCGACAUAACCUUGUGACGCCAAGUGAGUAUAUUUUUUGUACUAAUACUCGAACGUCAUGAAUGCAAAAACAGUGUAAACGCAAAUUAAAAUUAGAUUUAUCAUUAAAUAAUCAGUUAUAUCUGUUGUAAAUUCGUACAUUUUGGUCAAAUAUAUCGGUCCCAAGCGUAUUUCGAAUAUUAUUAUUGAACGUCAUAGCGAGGUUCAGUCGACAAGAUGGCGGCGAGUGGGGAGAGGGCGCCCAGUUGGCCAGGUGCUGCCGCCGCGUCGAGUUCGGCGCUGUAGUCAAACUAAAUACGCAGUGUUGUACAUUUAGAACGUUCACAAUGGCUACCGCGAAAGACACGUCUACUUUCUUUCUGGAGGCAAAUGCAAAAGAAUUCGAUAGUGUAUUAAAGUUGUAUCCUCAGGCGAUUAAACUAAAAGCUGAACGUAAAACAAAAAGACCAGAUGAGCUCAUAAAAUUGGACAAUUGGUAUCAAAAUGAACUUCCCAAGAAGAUCAAAUCGCGGGGUAAAGAUGCGCACAUGAUCCACGAAGAACUUGUCCAGCUCAUGAAAUGGAAACAGGCCAGAGGAAAAUUCUACCCGCAGUUGUCGUAUCUGAUAAAAGUGAACACGCCACGAGCUGUGAUGCAAGAGACGAAAAAGGCCUUCCGCAAACUGCCCAAUAUCGAAUCCGCGAUGACCGCUCUAAGCAAUCUCAAAGGCGUGGGAACGGCCACAGCAUCAGCGUUAUUAGCUGCCGCUAGUCCAGAAAUAGCACCGUUUAUGGCUGACGAAUGCGUCCAGGCGAUCCCCGAAAUGGAAGGCAGCGAUUACACAGCAAGGGAAUACCUCAAUUUCGUAAGCCACAUACGAAACGUCUGUGAUAGGUUAAACGAGGAACAAAACGGCUGCGGCAAGAAAUGGUUUCCACACAUGGUAGAGCUGGCCCUCUGGACGCACAACAUUGUAUCGGACUUACAACCACAGUUAUUAGGGAAAGAGCCCAACAACCGUCCGGCUGCAAACGGCGGCUCCCCCCUUCCCAGUGACGAGAGCAACUUAGAGCCCCCAGCGACAAACGGUAACGGUAAACUCGUAACGGACUGCGUGAAUGAGGAUACCACGACGUCGUGCACAGAAGACUCGAUGGACGCGAAAGCCGCAUCACCCUCCACCCCCGCUACCCCUGCCACUCCAGCGUCACCCUCAGACAACUCAGACUCUGCAGUCAGCACGCCACGAACUAAAAGACAAUUGGAGGAAGGUAGUUCGGCGGAAGAAAACUCACUGGGAGACUCGUCUGAGGCCACGCUACCUAACAUCGCAAAGAAACUAAGGAAAGCCACACACUGACACCCGCGCGCGGUCCCCCACCAAACCCCUCGUAAAUAACUUCAUAGACUUAAAUAUUGUACCUAGGUAAUUUAUUUUCGAUUCCGUUAAAUUUUAACUUAGAACUAAGUUAACGAAUACCGGUCGGUUUUUGUAAGUUUUAUAGGGUAUUAAUUGAUAAUUGAUUAAUUGAAUACUAAUUAAAUGUUUUUCGGAUGUGUUUCGAUGGCUCGUCGGGCGUCUCCUUCGAGAGUAUGAGAUUGUACAAUAUAUUAUAAAGACGUGAGUGUAGUCGUGGCUCGCGACUGAGAGCCCAGCGUUAGUUUACGUUUGUAAUGUUUCGUUUUUUUUUUUGAAUGUAUGAAAAGUUCGUAACGCGCGAGACAUUCCACUAAUUGUAAAAGUGAUAUUUCGGCGGCGAGGGUCCUCCGCCGUUACCGAGUUCCGGUUUGUGUUCGAAUGGUCUCGUCAAUCUUCAGUUUCUAUCGAAAAGGUUCAUAUAUUUUUUGGAAGCAAGCACGGUCCUAGUACUUUAUAAGACUAUAAUUCACAUGAAAAGUUACUAGAAUACGAGCAGAGCGAGAAUAUUUUUGCUCAACACGAUCAAUUUAUGUAGGGCACGUAAAUAGUGACGUCAUUAUUCAAUAGUCUGCCCUCCUCUAAUGUGAAAACGCUGAUGAACGCGGUGAAUAAAUUUUAAGACAAUCAGCCAAUACGCUGUUUUUUUUUUAUCAUAUAAAGGGUAUUUCAAAUAAAAUUAACCCCGAUAUUCUCGAUUGCUGGUAUUCAAGAACCGUCCUUAUGUAGAUGGCCGUAAGAUUGGCGACUCCAUCCGAGGUCAGGAAGCCUAAUCGACCAGAAGGUCGUCACACUCACACCAUUGCCUUAUGACACAGUCUGCCCGCAGAGUUUAUAUGCAACAAGAGAAUACAAAGGUCGUGUUACCCGGGUCCCGGGCACACGGGCCCACAAUGUAGUUUUUAAUGAACAAAUAUAAGAUAUUAAUUUUAUAAA